AUGGUGCAUUCGCCCAAGCGAGGCCCUCUCGACGAGCAAGUUGUCGAUACCGACACCGACACUGACAUCGACAUCGACUCUGACGAAGAUAGGACCCAGCUGAAAUAUAGACGCGCGACGGCAGCGUCGUUAUCGAACAGGACACCCGAGGAAGGCGAGGGCGAGGGCGAGGAUGAGGAUGGUGAGGGGGACUAUGGUUCUUAUUCUAUAGCAUCACAAGCCGGCAUCCAGCCCGUCUACGAGAACGGCCGGAGAUACUGCAACGGCACAUAUUUCAUGCCAAACGACGAGGCAGAGCAGACCCGGCUGAGCAUCGCCCAUCAGGCUUGUCUGGUCAUGCUAGACGGCGGACUCACAACUGCCCCUUUACCACCACACGGCCCAAAACGUGUUCUAGACAUCGGUACAGGCCCUGGAGAUUGGGCUGUCGAAAUGGGUCAGCUGUACCCAGAUGCAGACAUAAUUGCUACCGACAUUGGCAUUUUUGAUGGAGGCCCGGCCAUUCUGGGUCUCCCAAACGUUCACUUCCAGCUCGAUGACGCCGAGGAAGCAUGGGCGUACCAUGAACCCUUCGACUUGAUUCACUUUCGAGGCUUAUCCGGCGCAUUUCGAGACUGGCACGCUGUGUACGAACAAGCCUUUAAGCACCUAACCCCUGGCGGAUAUAUCGAAGUCGUCGAGAGUGACCCAGCCGCAAAUAUCGUGACGUCUCCAAACCCAGAUCCCCACUCUUACUAUAAUAUUCUUGCUUCCGCCAUGCGAAGCGCUGCCGAUUCACUGGGCUUCCCGCGUAGCCGCGACCAUAUGGAGCCUUCGGUUCUGAAAUCAGUUGGAUUUGUGAACAUUGCCGUUCACGAUGUCACUGUGCCGGUGGGCAUGUGGUCGCAGGAUCCUCGAGAGAGCACGUUGGGGAAGAUGGUUCUUAUUGCCUGCCUGGAAGGGUUAGAAGCGAGGAGCCUUCGACAACUUACUGCCAUUGGCAAGUGGACUGCAGACGAGGUGCGAGAUCUAUGCGAGAAGGUGAAGCUGGAAACAAUCACCUCUGAAGGCUCGACUAUGUCUGUACGAUUUGUGACGGCUCGGAAACCCGACCUGUAG